AUGUCAGCAAAGGAAGCAAUGGAAAACAUGAAAAUAAUUCAGAGCGAAUCUCAACGCAUGGCAAGAGAAGCUUAUGUCGAUAUUCCGUAUCACAAACCGAAACAACAUUCCUUGAAGGAGUUUUUAAGCCGAAAAAGCGUUUCGAGGAAGGAAAUUCCGAAAGUUUGUGUCAAAACGACUGCAGCUUCGAUUAAAAUGUCGCAAGAAGAGUUGGAAGAAUAUGAAAAAUUAUUGAAAGAGCGCGAAAAAGAAGCUGCGGAAUUCUUUAAAAGCGAAUCCGAGCCCGAAGAGGAGGAAGAAACGACACCCGAGACAGAGGAAAAGAAGGAAGAAGAGCCAAAAACGGAAGAAAUUGUCGAAAAAUCGAACGCUGAGUUGUUAAAAGAGAUGGAUGAAGCACUUUCGAACGCCGUUGGGCAACAAGACGACAUUUUAUCGAUGAUUGACAAACAAAACAUUGAAAAAACGGAGGAUUCUGCAGCGGAAGUUAACGAAAAAUCUGAAAUUCAAGAAGAAAUUGUCGAAAAAAUUGAAGAAACUCCCGAAAUUGAACCAAAAGUCGUUCCUGAAACCGAAAUUUCGCCUGAAAAAGACCUUCCAAAGUCGCCAGAACAACAAAUCGCCGCAAAAAUCGAAGCAAAACGCAACAAACUUCGUUCUCUUUUGGGAGAUUUGCCGGAAAUCAAGCCAAUUGUUGCCGAUCCAACACUCGUAAUUGACUUAGAAACGGGCGACGUUGUCAAAAAAGAGCUUUCAGGUCCCGAAUUACUCAAAGAAAAGUAUUUGAAGAACGCGAUAGUCAAAUCUCAAGUCCCGCAUGACCAAGAUUUACAAAUUGUCUCGUUGGAAAAUGGGAUGCAUGUCGAACAUGUAACGGUAAAACCGCAAAUUGACACGUUAAAAGUGAAAAAAGACGUGAAACCGGGAGCUGCUUACAUGAAAUUAAAGGAAGAAUUGCAGAAAAAGAUCACCGAAAGUCGUUUGAAGGUCGUUCAAGAGCGAGAAUGCUACACAAAAAAAUUGGAAGAUGAAAAAGCGCAAUAUUCGGGCGAAGAAGAGGAAGAAAAUGAAGAUUUUGAGGAAGAAAAUGAACAAGUUGAUGAAGAAAAUGACGAUAAAAAUGCUGAAAAUGAAGAAAUGGAAGUCGAUGACGUGCCAGAAACAGAAGAAAAUGACGUUGAAAACGAAUCUGAGAGCUCGGAUGAUGAUUCUUCCUCCUCCGACGACGAAGAACUGCCCGAAGCAACUCAAGGAAACGCUAAAAAGAACCGAAUCAUCAAAGCUUUUGAAGAUUCUGACGACGAAACGACCGAAAAACCCUCGGAAGUCUCCACAAAUGAUAUUUCCCUGUCAGAUUCGAUGCCUCUGGGGCAAGUUUUGCCGCCGGAAACGUUCCACGAUGCGUCAAUUACGUCAGAAACAUCCUUCAAAGUGCCCGAAACUCCAACAGAAACGCUCUGGGAUGCGGAAAAAGACGAAGAAGACUUGUCAGCUCUCUGUUCGGGACAAUUUGGAGCGACACAGGCCCCUUCAGAAAUUGUAGAAACGGAAAAUGAUGACAUCAAAGCCUUAUGCGAUGAUAAAGACGUGAACGAAGAUGAUUUAACUGACCUUUGUUCGGGUACUUUUGUCACACAAAUCCCUUUAAAUGCUGAAAAUGAGGAAAAAAUGUUAGAAAAUGAGGCAGAAAGUGUUGAAAAAUCCAAAAAAUCAUCUCCUGAAAAAACAAUUUUGGGUAAAAGGAACGUAAUUCUCUCAUCUGAUGACGAAAAUGACGAAAAAAUCGAAGAAAAUCUCUCGCCAAAGAAGAUUAAAAAGCUGAAAAAGAAGAAAAAACGUCGUGCAGCCCUCGAAAUUUCAGAUGACGAGAGCGAAGAAGAAGAAUUUGACGAAAGUGAAGGAGAAAUCGAGCAAGAAAUUGAAGAUCCUGAAGAAGCGGAAGUAUUUUUGGACUACGAUUCGGAAGAAAAUGAGAUUGAAGUUAAAUUAACGAAGCAGGAUCGUCAAAAAGUAGCUACCAAUUACUUUGAAGCGGAAGCCGAGUUGAGCGGAGAUGAGGUUGGAAGUGCAGAUGAAGACGAAAAAGAUCUCGAUCGCUUCGAUAUCGAACUCGGGGACGAAGAUCAGUUCGAUCAGGAUCAACUUCAAGCUGAAUUAGGCAAAAUUCACAUGCGUCGCGUUUUAGAUGAAGACAAUCGCGAAGUCAAACUGCUUCAAGAGAUGUUCUUCGAAGACGAGGAGAAAGAUGGCGUUGGUCGAACACGGAAAUUCCUGUGGAAAAAUGUAGAUGGCGCUAUCAACUUAAUGGAAGGCGUCGCCAAUGACGAUGAAAAUGCCGGUUUGCAUCACAGCGACGACGAAAACGAAGAAGAAUAUCGUAAAAUGCGACAUGAACGUGAAGCACUUCUCGCGAAAAACAACGAAGAAAAGGAAAAUUCGCUGCAACUCACGAUGGAAGCAACAAACGAGACAACUUUGAUACAAAAAUCAGUCGCAGCUGAGACACAAAUCGUCAAAAAACGCCUCACGAUCAUCAAAAAAACGCUAAAUAACUCUACCGACAACUCUCUGACGACCAAAAAUAGUGACAGUCCAUUCCUGAUUUCCUUCGAUAAGGUUCACAAAGAAUCGCGAGCCUCGUUUUUGGCGAGAGAUGAAGAAACACUGACAAAACUCGCGGGCAUGGUAAAGGAAAAGGAUGGCGAUGCAAUUUCAACGGCAUUGGGAAAAGCGAAAAAUUUCGUAUUUUCGGUUGUGACGCCGCCGCCAGCUUCGAAACAAGGCAAUAAGAGACCCUCGGAUGCUGCGGGAACGGAAGAAACGCAGAAUAAACGACAAAAAGUCGAAAAGUCUGACAAGUUUAAGAAACGCCUACUGGAUAGUCUUGUAUAAAAUUUUAGGUUUUAAGUGAAUGAUAGGAAAUAAAUUUAAAUGAUUCGUAAUUUUUUUUUUAUAUUUU